AUGUUUGAUGAUCAAGACUUGGGCUUUUGCGCCAAUUUUCUUGGCAUUUUCAUAUUUGCAUUGGUAAUUGCUUACCAUUAUGUAGUGGCUGACCCCAAAUAUGAAGGCAACUGAAGGGCUUCUUCACCAUGUCAAUUUUGGUAGCUGGGUUAGUAAUCGUGUAAUGGGAGUUGUUUAUCACCAUUCAAGCCUUUAGCAUACUGAGGCUACUAUUAUUUGUGAAAAGGAUGAUGACAUUACGUUGAGACAAAAAAAUUAUACCGUUCUGUUUUGUAUGUAUUAUGACAAUUUUAUUGCAGUAUUUAUCCUGUUAAGUAGCAUUAUGAGAGACUUGGGUACUCUUUUUGGCUUUUAA